CGCGCGCCUAGGCCGCCGCCGCCGCCGCGUUACCCUCAGGCUCCUGACUCCGCGGCGGAGGCGGCGGCGGUGGCGGCGGCGGCGCCGUGAGGAAGGAGUCCGCGUCCGCGGUGGCUGAGGCGGCGGCCGGCUCCAGGCCGGGUUUUGGCGCCCGCCCGCCUGCUGCCUCCUGGCGGCUCCUGAACUCCAGCCCCCUCUCUAUCAGCCUCUCACUCCGUCUCAAUAUGUCUCAAGAUGGCGGCCAAUGUGGGAUCGAUGUUUCAAUAUUGGAAGCGCUUUGAUUUACAGCAGCUGCAGAGAGAACUUGAUGCCACCGCAACAGUAUUGGCAAACAGGCAAGAUGAGAGUGAGCAGUCCAGAAAACGGCUCAUUGAGCAGAGCCGAGAAUUCAAGAAGAACACUCCAGAGGAUUUGCGCAAGCAGGUAGCACCACUGCUCAAGAGCUUCCAAGGGGAGAUUGAUGCACUGAGUAAAAGAAGCAAAGAAGCAGAGGCGGCCUUCUUGACUGUGUACAAGAGAUUAAUUGAUGUUCCAGAUCCUGUACCAGCCCUGGACCUCGGGCAACAGCUGGAAAUAAAAGUGCAGCGUCUACAUGACAUUGAAACGGAGAACCAGAAACUUAGAGAAACACUAGAAGAAUACAACAAGGAGUUUGCCGAAGUGAAACAUCAAGAGGUUACGAUAAAAGCACUUAAGGAGAAAAUCCGAGAAUACGAGCAGACUCUGAAGAGCCAGGCCGAGACCAUUGCUCUGGAGAAGGAACAGAAGUUGCAAAAUGAUUUUGCAGAAAAGGAGAGAAAACUGCAAGAGACCCAGAUGUCCACCACCUCAAAGCUGGAGGAAGCCGAGCACAAACUCCAGACUUUGCAAACAGCCCUGGAAAAAACUCGAACAGAAUUAUUUGACCUGAAAACCAAAUAUGAUGAAGAAACUACUGCAAAGGCCGACGAGAUCGAGAUGAUCAUGACUGACCUUGAAAGAGCCAAUCAGAGGGCAGAAGUGGCACAGAGAGAGGCAGAAACUUUAAGGGAACAGCUUUCAUCAGCCAACCACUCUCUGCAGCUGGCCUCACAGAUCCAGAAGGCUCCAGAUGUGGAGCAGGCCAUGGAGGUGCUGACCCGAUCCAGCCUGGAAGUAGAGUUGGCUGCCAAAGAGCGGGAGAUUGCCCAACUGGUGGAAGACGUGCAGCGACUCCAGGCCAGCCUCACCAAACUGCGGGAGAAUUCUGCCAGCCAGAUCUCACAACUGGAGCAGCAACUGAGUGCCAAGAAUAACACACUCAAACAACUGGAAGAAAAACUCAAAGGCCAGGCUGACUAUGAAGAAGUGAAAAAAGAGCUGAACACCCUGAAGUCCAUGGAGUUUGCACCAUCGGAAGGAGCAGGGACACAGGACUCUACCAAGCCCCUGGAGGUUUUACUCCUGGAGAAGAACCGCUCGCUGCAGUCUGAGAAUGCCACGCUGCGCAUCUCCAACAGUGACCUGAGCGGGUCAGCCAGGAGAAAAGGGAGAGACCAGCCUGAGAGUCGGCGCCCGGGACCCUUGCCGGCCUCCCCUCCUCCUCAGUUGCCCCGCAACACGGGGGAACAGGUUUCCAAUACUAACGGUACACACCACUUCUCACCAGCGGGGUUAAGUCAAGACUUUUUCAGCUCAAACCUGGCCAACCCCAGCCUACCCCUGGCUUCUACAGGAAAGUUUGCACUAAACUCUAUUCUCCAGCGACAGCUAAUGCAGUCCUUCUACUCCAAGGCCAUGCAGGAAGCCGGAAGCACAAGCACGAUUUUUUCAACAGGUCCUUACAGCACAAACUCCAUAUCUUCCCCAAGUCCAUUACAACAAAGCCCAGAUGUAAAUGGCAUGGCCCCAUCUCCCAGCCAAUCAGAAAGUGCUGGGAGCGUCUCAGAGGGUGAGGAAAUUGAUACAGCAGAAAUCGCACGGCAGGUCAAAGAACAGCUGAUCAAGCACAACAUUGGACAGCGCAUUUUUGGACAUUAUGUCUUAGGACUAUCUCAAGGGUCUGUGAGUGAGAUUCUGGCCCGGCCAAAGCCCUGGAAUAAGCUGACUGUCCGUGGCAAGGAGCCAUUCCACAAAAUGAAGCAGUUCUUGUCUGAUGAACAGAACAUCUUGGCACUUCGUAGCAUCCAAGGCAGACAGAGAGAGAAUCCAGGCCAGAGCCUGAACAGACUCUUUCAGGAAGUACCGAAACGAAGAAAUGGGUCUGAAGGUAACAUCACUACCAGGAUCCGAGCAUCUGAGACUGGUUCUGAUGAAGCAAUCAAGUCUAUCCUGGAACAAGCCAAGAGGGAACUCCAAGUGCAGAAAACUGCUGAGCCAGUCCAGCCAUCUUCCGCAUCCAGCAGUGGGAAUUCUGAUGAUGCCAUCCGCUCCAUCCUACAGCAGGCCCGCCGGGAAAUGGAGGCCCAGCAGGCGGCCCUUGACCCUGCCUUAAAGCCAGCACCACUGUCCCAGCCUGACCUCGCCAUCCUCACUCCCAAGCUCUUGUCUGCCUCACCCAUGUCUACUGUGUCCACUUACUCUCCUCUUGCCAUUCCCCUGAAGAAAACCCCUACAGCACCUGAGGCCAGUACCUCGACCUUGCCCAAUGCCCCAGCCCUCAAAAAAGAGGCUCAGGAUGCACCUGGGCUAGACCCUCCAGGAUCAACUGAUGCUGCCCAGGGGGUACUGCGACAGGUGAAGAGUGAGCUGGUCCGUGGCAGCACCUGGAAGGAUCCUUGGUGGAGCCCUGUACAGCCUGAAAGAAGAAAUCUCACCUCUUCCGAAGAGACCAAGGCUGAUGAAGCAGCUGCAAGUGGGAAAGAAAAGGUAGUCAGUAGCCAACCUCGGGCUGAGCGCAGCCAGCUUCAGGGACCCUCGUCAUCAGCAGAGUACUGGAAAGAGUGGCCCAAUGCUGAGUCGCCAUAUUCCCAGAGCUCAGAGCUGAGCCUCACUGGAGCCAGCCGCAGCGAGACACCCCAGAAUAGUCCUCUGCCCUCCUCCCCAAUCGUGCCCAUGGCAAAGCCAGCAAAGCCCUCAGUACCCCCACUGACUCCUGAGCAGUAUGAGGUCUACAUGUAUCAGGAAGUGGACACCAUUGAGCUCACCCGGCAAGUCAAAGAGAAGUUGGCCAAGAAUGGCAUUUGCCAGAGGAUCUUCGGGGAGAAGGUACUGGGCCUGUCCCAGGGCAGUGUCAGCGACAUGCUCUCAAGGCCAAAGCCAUGGAGCAAACUGACCCAGAAAGGCCGAGAACCCUUCAUCCGGAUGCAGCUCUGGCUGAAUGGAGAGCUAGGCCAGGGUGUUCUGCCUGUGCAAGGGCAGCAACAAGGGCCAGUCCUCCACUCAGUGACAUCUCUUCAGGACCCCCUCCAGCAGGGCUGUGUAAGCUCAGAAAGCACUCCAAAGACCUCUGCCAGCUGUAGCCCUGCCCCUGAGUCCCCAAUGAGUUCCAGCGAAUCCGUGAAGAGUCUCACUGAACUGGUCCAGCAGCCCUGUCCUGCCAUUGAGACCAGUAAAGAAGGCAAACCGCCAGAACCCAGCGACCCACCAGCCUCAGACUCCCAACCCACAACACCGCUGCCUCUCUCUGGACACUCAGCCCUCAGCAUCCAAGAAUUAGUAGCCAUGUCUCCCGAGCUGGACACCUACGGCAUAACCAAGAGGGUCAAAGAGGUGCUGACGGACAACAACCUCGGUCAGCGCUUAUUUGGGGAGACCAUCCUGGGGCUCACCCAGGGCUCUGUCUCCGACCUUCUUGCCCGCCCAAAGCCCUGGCAUAAGCUCAGUCUGAAAGGACGAGAGCCUUUUGUCCGCAUGCAACUAUGGCUGAACGACCCCAACAACGUGGAGAAGCUGAUGGACAUGAAGCGGAUGGAGAAAAAAGCCUAUAUGAAGCGGCGACACAGCUCUGUCAGUGACAGCCAGCCCUGUGAGCCCCCCUCUGUGGGCAUUGACUACAGUCAAGGCGCUAGCCCUCAGCCACAACACCAGCUGAAGAAACCUCGAGUGGUGCUGGCGCCCGAGGAGAAAGAAGCGCUGAAGCGAGCUUAUCAGCAGAAGCCAUAUCCGUCACCAAAAACAAUCGAGGAGCUUGCCACACAACUCAACCUGAAGACCAGCACCGUCAUCAACUGGUUCCAUAAUUACAGGUCUCGAAUCCGCAGAGAACUGUUCAUUGAGGAGAUUCAAGCCGGAAGCCAGGGCCAGGCCGGUGCCAGCGACUCACCUUCGGCCCGAAGUGGCCGCGUCGCACCCAGCUCAGAAGGUGACAGCUGUGAUGGUGUGGAGGCGGCUGAUGUCGAGGAGCCAGGUGGCACCACAGUAGCCACCAAGUCUCAGGGAGGGCCAGCAGAGGUGGCCGCAGCGGCCGAUCAGGAAGAGGCAACGCAGCCUGCUGAGAAGGCGAAGGUGCAGCCACUAUCCUCAGCGACCCCAGGACAGGAUGACGGUGAAGAUGCGGGCCGGCCUAGGCCACCGCCCGAAGGCCUCGCCGACACUCCGGCGCCUGUGCCAAACCUCGCCGCACCCGCGGCUGGAGAGGACGCCGCUACCUCAGUCACUGCGACGGCCACCGAGGCCCCUGGGGCGGCUAGGGCGGGCCCUGCAGAGAGGAGUUCUGCGUUGCCAAGCACCAGCGCGCCCGCCAACGCACCUGCACGAAGGCCUAGCUCACUGCAGAGCCUCUUCGGCCUGCCUGAGGCGGCGGGUGCCCGAGACAACCCGGUCCGCAAAAAGAAGGCCGCAAACUUGAACAGCAUCAUCCACCGCCUGGAGAAGGCUGCCAGCCGGGAGGAGCCCAUUGAAUGGGAGUUCUGAGGGCGCCGGGCCUCUGGGCCUGAUCAGCAGGGCCUCGCCGGGCCUAGCCAGGCCUACUUGCGCCUAGCAGGUCCCCGCCAGGCCUAGUCAGCACUGGCUAGUAGUGGGCUGGGGCAGGCGGGUGUGUGGAGGGCGGUGCUGACCCGAGGCCUGGACGUGUUGCGCACUUCCGCCCUGCGGGCCACAGGGCAAAAUCGCCAUAGGCCAAGGUGCAUAUAGAAAACAAAGGAGCAUUAAGCCCAAUCUAUGUCGUGUUUUCAAGGAAGAAAACGGAAAUGUGUAGUCGAGCUUUUUUGUACCCUGAAGUGUUUUUUUUUUUUAAUUGCCCUAAGUGAUUUCCACAGGUUCUGGAAUAACUCUAUACAGCUUUUGCCUUGUGCCCUCCUCUUUCGUGUGGGCUUUAAAAAAAAAAAAUCAAACCCACAUAUUAAAAGGGGGCUUUUUAUCUGCCAUCUAAUGGCUUCAGAGCGAUAAUACACUAUUAUCUUCUUAAACCAGGAAGGGGGGGAUUUUUCAGAAAAAUUAAAAAAGAAAGUUUUUGUAGCUGUUCAGUUGCCACUAAGAGAUUGCACAGUCAAACCGACUCUAAACACACUAGUUUGGAUUCCUAAAUAUUUUCAAGAAAAGAAUCUUCUCGUUUGAAACUUUGAAUUAAAAUAAAACACAUUUACUCCACAUAUUUUUUAACAAAAAGAAAAAAAAAGAAAAGUCACAUCAGGAAAAAUAUCUGAUUUUGUGGUAGCUGAUGUAGUGUUUUCUUGUACGUAAAUAGAAUCCUGACAUGUAGUGCACAUUGAUCCAUAGCUUUAACUGACUCUGGGCUUUUGCUGGCCAGAGUUUGUUUAAUACACUCCAUUCUAGGCCAAAUCAGGACAAAAAGAAAGAUCCGAAUCUAGGUAUUUUAUAAUCUGCUUUUUAACCUCUAACCGCAGAGCACGCUGAUCAGACCUCAUAUCUCGGAGGUUUAGGAGACAAGUUAGAACUGUAGCAUGUACCGGUUCAUUUUGUUUAUGGUGUCUGCAUCUGUGUUGGCACAUUUGCUCAUGUGCAAACGUCGGAAGGAAGGAAAAUGUAGGCCCGCAAGGUCACAGCAGUUAGUCCCUCCGUGUGCAGGCAACUGUCUGUUCAUCUUUCGUUGGCACAGAAGGCACCUCACCUCAUGCCACUCUCCAGGGCACCUGACAGACUGAGCCUCCAGGAGAAGAUGCUCCUGGGCUUGGGCAGGGCUGACGCAUCCAUGCGCUCGCUCUCUCUUCUUUCUCUUCUCCCCGUCCCCUUCCCACCACAAGCACUGAUAACCCUAUCUACUCGUGGGAAGCUUCCUUCCCUGCAGAAGAGAGAACGCAGCAGUCUGGGCUCUAUUUCCAUCCCUAUAGAAAUGGCCCAAACUCACCAAAAUGGUGACACUUCAAUUCCAGACCAGACCAUUGGCCCUUCAUUCUUUUCUCCUCUCACAAGUUUUGUUUUGUUUUGUUUUGUUUUGUUUUUUAAUGCACAGUUUAGGGCAGUCUAAGUACAAAUCAAAAGUCUAACUUGUCUCUUGAUUCCUCCCAUUGUCUAUGUGUAUAUGCGUGAGUAUAGAGGUGGAUGAGAGUGUGCGUGCGUGUGUGUGUGUGCAAUUUUAUACGUCUGUGUAUUUUCUUAAGUACCUGUGCACACAUAGAGUGCAUUACUGCCACCUUUUUCAAUAAGCUGGUUUAUCAGUCAUGGCUUCUACAGGUUUUGCUAAUUUAGACUCCUUAUUGCCAUACCUUUAAACUAACAAUAGAUGAUUUCGGUAUAUAUAUAUAUUUUUUUUUGCUUAUUUAUAGGUGCUGUAUUUUAUUAUCUGAUUGUUAGGAAGGGAUGAAAGGGGCAAAUAUUCUUUAGAGGGAUAGACUGCCGGCAGUAUUGGGUAUAAUUUACAAGAUGUAGCUGUCAUACUGUAUAUUACUGAUUGAAAACUUUUUGACCGUAUUGUGUAUCAUUGAAACUUUUGUCUUAGGUCAACAUCUUUGGAUGACAUUUUAAUGGUGCAUUCAUUAUUUCUUAAGUUUAAUUAA